AUGGGUACCGCUGCCGCCAAUGUUGACCCGUCCCAUAUGGGAAUUGCUUGGAUUGGCGUCAGUCUGAUUUUACAGCUAGUACUGAGUGGCGCCGAACAAAAUGCUGCCGCGCUACAAGGGCUGGCUCAAAUUUCUCCUAUUAUCACGAGAUAUGCAAAAGUUGAGGAGAUAUAUAUUGAGCAAAGAAGGAAAAACCAGGCUAUAGAUCUCAAAAAAGACUUCAGAACGCAGGUUGUCAAUCUCUACACCAAUAUCUUGGUAUAUCAGGGGACAGUUAUAUCGCACAAUAAGCGCAACCGCCUAGUGCAGUAUGCGAGAGCAAUUCCAAAAGUCGAUGACUGGAACAAACUAUUGCAAGAUAUUGUGAACUUGGAUGCAGAGUGCAGAAAAUUUACUCAGAUUUUCGAUUUCGAAGAGCAAAGCGCUCAACACUGGGAGCUGAAAAAGAUCUUGGAACAACAGGAUCAACAGAUGGAGCAAGUGUUGUUUCAAAUAAGUCAUAUAAAGGAGCAAAGUGAAGCACUAAUCAACGAUAAUGAUCGAAGUGAAAAUAAGACAAUUCUUGAAUGGGUCUCAACCACCUUGCCUCACGAUGACCAUACCCGAAUCCUAGAGCAUGGAAAGCUGAACAGCGACUACGCACAAUCAGGAAAAUGGCUCUUUUGCCGGUCGGAAUUUCAGUCAUGGAAUACCAACGAUGACAGUCGGUCUGUACUCUGGUUGCCCGGACCAGUUGGCACAGGAAAGAGUUCUUUAGUUUGUCUUAUUGUUGAGCAAUUCUUGAGUCACUCAAGACCUAUUGGACAAGAAGCCGAUCGACUCGCAUUCUUCUACUGUUCGAGAAAGCAGGGGACAGAAGAAGCAAACAGUCCGAAAACUGUUCUUCGAAGUGUUCUUCGUCAACUAGCCUGGUCAAAAACUAAUCUCUCAGUCGCACCAAUCGUGAAAGAGAGGUACCGACAAUGGCAGCAAGAUCAGGGCUAUGGUGGCCGUGAGCUACUAACAGAUGAUUGCAUUAAGCUGCUCACUCAACUCAUCGCGUCCAACUAUCACACUACAAUCAUUAUAGAUGCUUUGGACGAGUGCUCCGACUUUGAUGAGCUCCUGUCUAAUCUAGAGAAGAUAAUGUCUGCAUGUCAGGGGAAAGUCAAGUUUCUACUUUCGAGUCGAAUGCAUGUUCCCGUACAUGAGAUAUUUCCAGCCAAUGCCAGGAUAGAAGUCGGCCUGGACAACAAAGAUGACAUUGAACUUUUCAUCAAAACCAAGAUUGAGCAGAAUCAACGACGUCUGGAACAAUGCAAAUCGGCAGAGCUCAAGGCUCGAAUGAUUAAGACACUGAGCGACCGGGCUCAAGGAAUUUCCAAGUCUAAAAUAAGGCGCCCAGACGUUUUCAAGAAAAAGCUUGAAACUCUUGAAUCAGGAUCUGGAAUUCCAGAGCUAGACGAAGUGUACGAUGAGAUUUACGAUAUGAACGUGUCAACAAACGAGGACCGCAGGGCUGCAGAACGAACAUUGAAAUGGAUAAUGUGUUGCCGAAGACCUUUGAGCAUCGAGAUUCUCGUGAAAGCGGUGUCUCUCGAUUCAAAUGGUGACCUCGAUGAGGCAGUGGAUGCAGAUUAUAUUUUGGCAAUCUGCAGUAACUUCAUCGUCAUCGAUCAUAACCAAAUGGUCCAAUUUGCGCAUCUCUCGGUUCGGGAAUAUUUGGUAAGCGGCGCAAGGCAUGGCUAUACCGCCGCCGAUGCAAAUACGCAGGCAGCAAGGACCUCCCUCUUAAAUUUGCUGAAUGGAUGUUCUCAGGGUGAUGCAGACGCGAGGAAAAGAGAUGGAUUCCUUCAGUAUACAGCAUUGUACUGGCCAGUUCAUUGUUCACUAGCAUCGAUGGACGAUGAAAAAGGACAACCCCUUCAGCACCUUGUCAGCAAGUUCCUAUCCCCAACAGAGCCAAGCGGGGGUUUCACCACAUGCUUGCAAAUCUGGGCAGAUGUAUUAUGGGAAUUUGAUACCCGUGAGUUGAAAAUGCGGAUCAGGGCCAGCCUCAAUCCUUCCAAAUCCCCAGUAUUUACAGCAUGUGCCUGGGGGUUCUAUGACGUGAUACAGAAAGCCUUAUCUGGUGCUUUCAAUCUGGAUGAGCGCAAUUAUGAUGGUGAUACCGCUCUGGCUGUGGCAGCCAAUUUCAAUCAUAUUGAAAUAACGAGACUGCUACUGGAGAGCGGGGCAGACGUUAAUUCAGUUAAUAGUGGAGGCUAUACGCCUUUGCACUACGGGUCAGCACCCUGGAGCCGGGAGUCGUCGCUUGAGGUUGUCGAAAUUUUGAUCCACCAUGGGGCAGAUGUCACCAAGGCAAUUGAAGGCCCCAUAAAUGAUCAGUGGACAUCGUUACAUCUAGCGACACUCUUUGGAUAUGAGGAUGUAGUCCGUCUCUUACUGGAUAAAGGAGCUAGGGUCAAUGCAAAAACCAAGCAUGGCUCGACAGCUCUACAUGUCGUUCACCAUAAAAGCACUACAAUUGCACAAAUACUUCUGGAACACGGCGCAGAUCUCAGUCUAGAAGACGAAAACGGCCAAACGCCUUUGCAGGAAGCGGCAGCGAAUGGAGGAGAGGAGAUGGUAAAGUUCUUUUUGAGGUACCAAGGUCUUGAGUCUGAUGCAAAAAAGUGGAUUCAGCAAGCGCAAUUUUAUAAUGCAGUUCUUGAAGGGGAUGAGGACACUGUUGGGUUGCUGCUGGAAAAUGGGAUAGAUAUGAUGAUGAAAAACGUUCGGGGAGAAUAUCCACUUCACUGGGCUAUACGCAGCGGGCAACUUGGGGUUGCGUCUCUACUUCUGCAGAAAGGCGCAGAUAUCGACGCAAAAGAUCAAUUUGGGUGGACUGCGCUGAUCUUGGCUUGCGCGAAUAGAAAUGAGGAAAUGAUGCAGUUCUUGCUGGACAACGGGGCAGACAUCAAUAUAAGAACCGAUGAAAUGGCUGGUGGUCACACGGUACUCUCUUACGCGACUGCCCAGGGGGAGUGGCAGCUUGUGGAAAUGCUUUUAAGACAGGGAGCAAGCCCACAAAGUGUGGCACUUGAUUCGCUGAGGCGGGGGAUAUAUGUCUCACCUCAAGAGUUUGAAAAGGCACUAGAAAUUGUUCGGUCUCACAUUAGAUAG